AUGAGGGAAUGCAUCUCGAUCCACAUCGGUCAAGCUGGUAUCCAGGUCGGAAACGCCUGUUGGGAGCUCUACUGCCUUGAACAUGGCAUUCAGCCUGAUGGCCAGAUGCCGAGUGACAAGACUGUUGGAGGAGGUGACGAUGCUUUCAACACCUUCUUCAGUGAAACCGGCGCAGGCAAGCACGUGCCACGUGCUGUCUUCGUCGACCUUGAACCCACUGUCAUCGACGAGGUCAGAACCGGUACUUACCGUCAGCUAUUCCACCCUGAACAGCUCAUCAGCGGUAAAGAAGACGCUGCCAACAACUUCGCCCGUGGACAUUACACCAUUGGGAAGGAGAUUGUUGAUCUUUGCUUGGACCGUAUCAGAAAGCUCGCUGAUAACUGUACUGGUCUCCAAGGCUUCCUUGUCUUCAACGCUGUUGGUGGAGGAACUGGGUCUGGUCUUGGCUCUCUUCUCCUUGAGAGGCUCUCUGUGGACUAUGGGAAAAAAUCCAAGCUUGGUUUCACUGUUUACCCAUCUCCUCAGGUCUCUACAUCUGUUGUUGAGCCUUACAACAGUGUCCUCUCCACUCACUCUCUCUUGGAGCACACUGAUGUCUCCAUCCUCCUCGACAAUGAAGCUAUCUAUGACAUCUGCAGACGUUCCUUGAGCAUUGAGAGGCCUACUUACACCAACCUCAACCGUCUUGUCUCUCAGGUGAUUUCAUCCUUGACUGCUUCUUUGAGGUUUGAUGGUGCUUUGAACGUUGACGUCACUGAGUUCCAAACCAACUUGGUCCCAUACCCGAGAAUCCACUUCAUGCUUUCCUCCUACGCUCCAGUCAUCUCCGCUGAGAAGGCCUUCCACGAGCAGCUCUCAGUCGCUGAGAUCACAAACAGCGCCUUUGAGCCAGCUUCCAUGAUGGCCAAGUGUGACCCACGUCAUGGUAAAUACAUGGCUUGCUGUCUGAUGUACCGUGGUGAUGUGGUCCCUAAAGACGUGAACGCAGCUGUCGGAACCAUCAAGACCAAGCGCACGAUCCAGUUUGUUGAUUGGUGUCCAACUGGGUUCAAGUGCGGUAUCAACUACCAGCCACCAACUGUUGUUCCGGGAGGGGAUCUUGCUAAAGUGCAGAGAGCUGUGUGUAUGAUCUCCAACUCCACGAGUGUUGCUGAGGUGUUCUCGAGGAUUGAUCACAAGUUCGAUCUCAUGUACGCCAAGCGUGCUUUCGUUCACUGGUAUGUGGGUGAGGGUAUGGAGGAAGGAGAAUUCUCGGAGGCUCGUGAGGAUCUUGCAGCUUUGGAGAAGGAUUAUGAAGAGGUUGGUGCUGAAGGUGGUGACGAUGAGGAUGACGAGGGUGAGGAGUACUAA